AGGGCUGGGGUGGGCAGGGGGCCCAGCAGCGGGCCUCUCCUGGACGUCUCUGGGCCCUGCUCUUGUGCGGCUGCAGGCCUUCACAGGCGAGGGCGCUUUCCUCUCCAGGCUGGGCAAAGCCUCUGACAGGAAGAGCCUGCCCUGGGCUGGGCAGUUGGCAACCCUCCCUGCCCACAGAUGCCGUGGCGCCAGUUGGCCCAGGAGCUGCUGCUCUGCCGGGACAGCCCUUGGGGGCCCUGCAGCUGAGAGGGCGCCGGCCAGGGGCAGCCCUCCAGCCCCACCUCAGCCGGGGCCUCCCUGGGCAGCCUCCGGCCAGCCACUCCCCCCUGCCGCCCGCAAUCCAAGACGACUCCGAGGGGCCUGCUUGGCGGCGGGGUGGGGAGGAAGAGGGCCCCACCAGCCCACGCGGAGGGGCAGAGGAGAGAAGCCUGAGCCGCCCGGCUUCCCAAGCCCCCAGGAAGUGCCUUGAGGAUCGUGUGCUAGGACUGCUCAUGUGUGCAAAGUGCAUGCCACUCUGUGUUCCAGGGCUCAAUCUCUGUGCCACAAAGAAGUCCAUCCCUUCCACGGCUGAGAAUAGGCCUCGCUCUUGUGGGCUCUGGAAAGGUAUUCCUUCAUGUGGGUGAACUGCCUCAUUCUCUCCUUGUGCGAAUUGGAGAGGGAUAAGCGGAUCUAUCUGGAGCAGAAAGACGGAGUUUUCAAAGAUGGCAGGAAUGCAGAGCAGCAGCUCAGCACCACAGGUGGGGAGACUGCCUUGCCAGUCACAGAUGGGUGAGAAAAAGGAAGAGGAGGAGAAGCAGGAAGAGCCAGAGGCUCCACUGAGCAUGCAGCAAACAAAAGGAUCCCAGCUGUGGCACAUGCUCCAGAAGGAUUUUCGGCAUUCUGUGGAAAAGAUGAAAAACGAGGAGAUGAAGGUGGCACGCCUGAGCCAUGGCCUCCAGCACCUGGACCGUGUCGUCUUUCCCAGCCCAGUGCGCCAUGUUGCCUACGAUGUGCUCAGGCACCUCUUUGUGGUGCUUGACUCGGAGAACAGGCUGCACUUGUUGAAGGAGGACGGGACCUACAAGAGCUGCAAGAGGGCUCCUGCCCCCAUGCUGGGGCUGGUCUAUGCCACCCAGGUGGACCAGUUUGUGGCCUGGGAGGCGGGCAGUCUCCAGGUGCUGGACUCCAGCUUCCUCCUGCUCUCCCAGGUGCAGGCCAACCUGCCCAUCCGGUGUGGCCUUUACAGUGAGCUGCUCAACCAGAUCGUGACUGCCGGUGACGGCAACGUGACCAUCUGGGGCUUCCGCUAUGGCUUCCGGACCCUGCAGUGCCGCGUUGCCCUGCGGGAGGGCCUGGGGCCCCAUGACAUCUUCAACCGCCUGGCCUUGGACACCAGUGGGGUGAGCCCCCAGCGCUGCUUUGCCUCUUGUGGCACCGGGGCUGCUACCUUGGAUAUCACCCAGGGGAAACUGCUGUCCUUCAAGAAGGAGCUGCACAGCCGGGUAAUCACAGAUAUCACUUACUGUGAAGAGGUGGGGUGUGCUGUGACAGCCUCUCGGGAUACAACCAUCAAGGUCUGGGAUGAGAACUGGAACAUCCAGACAGUCUUUGUGGGCCACACUGCUCCAGUGAUUGCUGUGACCAUCUACCCUCAGAGGCCCCUCAUCUUCUCAGCCUCUCAAGAUGGAACCAUCCGCACAUGGAACCUGGACACCGUUGAUCAGGUGGAUCAGGUCCACGUCUCGGAGCCCGUGGAGGUCCUGGAGGCAGAGACUGCCUUGCACAUCAUCUCCAUCUCUGGCCCGUCCCUCAGCCUGUGGAAGAUCAACAAGCUCUACUCUCUGUAUGCCCCUUUGGGGUCUCCUGUUAAGCACCUCCGCUGCAUCAACCUGGAGACAGUGGGCAACUUCCCCAUCCGCAUCCUCUGUGUAUGCCGGGACUCCACGGUGAGGUUGAUGGAUGCCAAAAGUGGCACAGUCCUUUCUAUGUUCUUCUUGGAGAAGCCCUUCCAGGCGAGGGAUGUGGCGUAUUGCUUGCCCCGGGAGACCCUCUUUGUGCUGGCGGAUGAUGGCACCUUGUUGCGUGUCAACACUGCCGUGGACCCCAUGGUCCUGAAGAAGAGUUCGCAGAGCAGUGUCGAAGGAUCGCAGGCCUGCUGCCUCUUGCUCUACAGCCACACAAUGGACCCUGAGAGAGCUUACACGACAUGGCUGGAAGUAGUAGAGAGCCAAGGUGACAAGAAACAGUGGCACAAACUCCCUCUCAAAAUGCAGGACAGAAACAGGUACUUGCUCAUUAUGGGGCACCAACAUGGCCUCCUCAGCACGGUGGACUGGUUUUCAGGCCGGACGGAGUACACAGUGGAGGCUCAUGGCUCUGAACAGGUCACAGCCUUGGCUGAAUACCCCACACAGACGUGCGUCAUCUCAGCAGGAGCUGACCUCACUGUGAAGAUGUGGCGCCUCUUCCCCCACACCAAGGAGUGCCUGGUCCCACUCCUGUGCUUCUCCUGCGCCACCCCCGCGCUGCACAUGUGUCACCUGGGCCCGACACUGGCUGUGGCCUUCCAGGACCCCGAGACGGUCACCUACCGCAUUGUCUACUACAACCUGAUGGAGCAGACGCGUGCCAGUCACGGCCCUGAGGACGACCCACUGGAUGAUAUUACAGGCCUUUGCUGCUGCCCCAACCUGAAGCUCUUUGCCUCGGCCAGCAGGGACGGCUCCGUGAAGCUCUGGGACAUGAAGAACCAGCUGCUGCGGCACCUGAAGCUGAACACAGUCCCGGAGAGCCUGGCUUUUGCCAACCACCAGGGAGACCUGCUGGUUGGCAUUGAGCGACACCUCUACCUUAUCCACCAUAACAAGUUCCUGCCAAGCUACUACAAGAUGAAGCUACUGUGUGCAAAGUUCCUGGAGCCCAUCAAGGAUAUGCCUCUCCCCAUCAGUGACGCCUGCUUCAAAACUCUCGUCAAGGAGAAUUUCAGACGGUUGAUGCAUGAACCACCCUUGGAGGAGCCUGGGUCGCCUCUGCCUGGAGCCUACCAGGUGACCAUACAGCAGUCCCAGGUGAUCAAGGACACACAUGAGAAGACCAAGAGGUUUGCCCAGAUGGCCACGCAGGCCACGGACCUGGAGCUCCUCCAGAAGGGGCACGUGACGGCAGCCAAGAAGUUGCGCUUCACCAAGGAGAUGCGAGAGGAGGCCUUUGAGCGAUACCUGCGGAUCUUCUACAGAGAGCAGCCCAAAGUGGAGAUCCCAGCAGAGGACCCAUUUGAUGCAGAUGAGGUGCUGGAAAAGAUGCAGCGGGCAGCCUCCAUCUCUGAGCUCUACGGGCCAGGAAGCAUGUUCCUGGGGUCUUUCCCUCGACCCUCCUCUCUGAAAGAGCCCCGCCAGAUGCUCGGGGACGCUGCCUCCCCCUCUCUGGACAAGAGCCCUCCAGUGUUCCCAGCAACUGCAUCCCGGAUCCAGGAGGCUUUGGAGGGCAGCCCUUCCUCAGAGGCGAAAAGAGUCAGGAGUGAGAAGGUGGAGGCCACGAUGAGCCCCCCUCCCUUGGGAAAGGCCUCGUUGUUGGAGCCACCCCCCAAAGAGAGAAGGCUGCUUCCCCUGCCACCGCUGAAAACCUCCUCGGAGAUCCCCCCGCCCUAUUUUGUACCUGCCGUUGAUGAAGUAUGGACGCCAGCCCCCUCGCAGAGAUCUUCUCCCCGAAGCACCAGCACGCUGCUCUCUGUCUCUCAACCCAUGGAGGGGAAGGUCCGGCUUUCCUGGCAGAAGGUUACCUUAAGCAUGAGCCAGGAGUUUGAAAUGGCAUCCGUCUCACCCUCUUCACCAAUCUCCUUCACUCCCAGCUUCACCGUGGAUUUCGUCAAGAGUGACAAGAGUCUAGCUUUGGAAGAGCCUCCCUUGGUCAUCGGGAGCCAGGAGGUGUUUAGGAGCCAGGAGUCCCCCCAGAGCCUGCGCUCCACUUCGGGCCUGAGGAGCCCCAUGGCCUCCGUGAUCAUCAGGCCCUUCUCUCCCGAGCAGCCGGCAAGCAGGGAGCAGCUCCAACCGCAGACGGACUCCGAGAGCUUGCUACCCAGGGGGUCCUCUGGGUUCGGCCCCAAGUCAGUGGUGGUCCAGCAGUCUCGCAGCCAGGAACUGCCUGAUGCCGAGGAAAGCAUGUUGGUGUUAGGAGCACCCCAGGAGGAGCCAGAGGGCCCUCCGAGGGUCAGACCAGAGAGAAGGAGAGUGGCGGAUAAGAAACAUAGGAGAGGAGCUUCCCGGGGGAAACGGAUCCACUCCUUGCAGCCCAGCGCCGAAAGGAGCGAGCUUGAGAUUUUCCUGACUCAGCUGGAUGAAUCUCAGUAUCAAGAACCAGAGAGAAAGGUCCCCUUCUUUAUCUUGCCAUUCAGGGACAUGGAGUGGUUCAAGAAGCUUUUCCCCAAGGGUUUCCCACCUGAGUGGAGCCUGAACGACUUCCUGAUCCGGCUCCUGGAGUCCUUGCUCACCGCAAACUACGGCAUGAAGACGGAGAUCGUGGGGGCCAUCGCAGCCCUGCAAGAGGACUUGUGGGGCGAGAUGAAUGGCAUGGUCCACGAUGCCCUGCUCCACAUCCUGAACAACAAGGAAGAUCCCCCCUCCAUGCAGGACAGGACUCAGAAGAAGUUCAUCCUGGCUGCCCUGCGUGCCCUUCUGAAAGUCAACAAGGACAGCAAGGACUUGAUGGUGGAGCUGAUGACCUACUACCUGCAGGCUCCUGACUGCACCAGGGCAGCCAUCAGGAUCCUGAUAAGGGACAUCGGCAUCCAGGAUCCUCACAACCAUUUCUGCCAGGAGAUGGAGUCCUGGCGGGUAGAGGCCGACCUCCCCAAAGAAGCCGUCCGGGAGGUCUGCAGCCAGUGGCUGGAAGGGGCCCUGCGGGAGCUCCAGGAACACAGAAGAAGCAUUCUGGAGCAGGAGCUGCAGCUUAAAAUGGAACAGUCCUUGGAGAUCUACCUGAAGGAACUGCGAGCCCAAGCUGAGGACCAGCAAGGUCAGACAGAGGAGAAGGGAGACUCCACCGAGAGCUACCCAGAGACGGAAGAGGCUGCUCUGCACUGGGUGGAGUUCCAGACCCUGCGGCCCAUCGAUGCCAUCAACUACUUCCUAGAAAAGCAGCUGAAGAAGGAUCUGGAGGAGAUGAAGCAGCUGGCUUCUCGUGCUGUAGUGGAGGCUCCCAGGGACACCGUCAUGGCCUUGCCCCCGGUUCAGAAGGGCCGGGCCAUCCUGCGACUAGGAGAAACCAACGUGAUGUUGAGGAAGAGGAUACCGCCUCAGGAUUCACCGCACCCUGGCUUCUGCUUCCCGAACCCUUUUUCACGUUAUGUCAUGAAAGGGUUUGCACCCUUUGUGAAGCUGUCUCUGCCCAAAAUCACCUUGGACCCCUUCCCGUCUGACAUGCAGAGGCCGGCGUCACCAAAAACCUUCACUGACAUGCAGCAGAUGGUGCGGAAAUAUUUCGUUCCCAAGUUUUCGUAUGCUGACAGCUAUCCCUGAAGGCACGGCAGACUUGCGUGGCUCUGGGGUUGGGCUGCCUGACUUUCAAAGGAGAGGAGGGUCCCCCACACUGGGGCUGUAUGACAAACAGCCUCUGUUGCCCCCGGCCAGAUGGGCAGGUAAGAGGGUGGCCAUAACCCAACGAUGGCAAUGGUGGGAGACAAGCCAUAAACUUAUCGGGACAGGAUGAAAGUCCAAACAAGACCGAAGUGCAAACGAAAAGCAAAUAAAUGCAAAAUGUCAUCCCAAGA